CUUCUAUGUCUAAAUAAACAAACUUGCUCAGCGAAUAGCUGCCACAUCCUAGCUCAUGAGACUGGCCCUGAAUGAAAUACGGCAAAGAGUUUCAGCAGCUUCUCGAUAGCUCCGACUUUCCAGAGGAGUGGAAAUCUUCUGCUAUCGAGUAUCGCCGGCUCAAGAAGAUCAUCAAAGAUGUAGUCGCAGAGCUCACUUCCAUGGGCCUUUCACCAGAUAUUCUCAACAAACUGCUCGUCGCAGACAAUCAUUCCGUGGUAUCGGACAGGCGCAACAGCAAUAGCAGUGGAACACCCGAAAAUGAGCUUAUAGAGUUUGAGUUUGAGAGUGAAGAAGGCAGUCCAUCCGUGUUUCGGUCCGGACGUCUUCCCUUGCACCACGAACCGCAAGAAGUUCUGGUCGAUCCGGUACUCGAUGACGACAGAUACCUCAGCACCGAUAACUUACAUCACCCUCAUCCUCACAAGUUUAGAUUACGGCUUUUGUCAGAAGCUUCCCAAGACGCUGAACCGUGUAGUAUGGCCGACUUGCCUACAGCACAGAACCUGUCACAAGUUACAUCGGCAUAUCAAAAUGGUCCUUUAAACGGCAGAAGAGGAUCUGAGGGAAGCCAUAAGAACCGGAGGGUUGUCAAGAGAGCUGUAAGCGUAGGUCAUGGCGGAAUAAAGGCAGAAUAUGUCGUUACUGGUGCUCCAGAUCAUCCAGUACCCCAGAUCCGCCUUCAUCUCUCAGCUCUUACAUCCCACCUCCCAUCUCCAUCACCUCCACCAUCCUUUGCCGAGUCUGAAAUAGGAACAGAUACAGAGACUGAAGACGAGGAUCCCCCAAUAUACUCGGCGCCCCGAACGCCGCGAGCGUUUGAUCGUUUUUGUAUUCUGUCUCCAAAUCCUAGCCUCAAUCGAAUCAACGCGGCUAAAUCCCCAAUCUGGGCUAUCGCCAGUAGCAGGAAUUUUGACGGAUUGGCAGAUCUAUCUCUGGGAGAGGCAGCUAUGGAAGAAGAAACAUUGCCUACUCCAAUUCAACAGUCCUUCAAGACACCUGAGGGGAUACCUCACUCAGAACGAGAAUUCAUCAUCCCCCUCUCAUCAGACUUUACCUUCUUCUCUCUACUCACUACUGCACUUACCUCUCUCUCCUCUUUCCACGCCAGACAACAGAUCCUCUUUCAACAAUCCGUCGAAAAGCUUUGUGAAAUGAUUUCAAAAUCCAUAUCGCCGCAAGCUAGUAUUGAAAUCCUCCCCACGCCCCUCACACCAUCCAAUGAAAUCACACCUAGGAUGCAUCCCUCCAAGGCUUCUCGCAAGGACUUGUAUGCAUGGCGGGAGAUAUUCACUCUUUGGAUCGAAGCACAAAUAUUCGAAUCCAACAGCGAGAGAAACCGGGGAGAACGAACGGUGGAGGAAGCGGAGUUGAGACUACAAAAAUUUGCCAAUCAAGUCGUUAAGCGUGGCCUGGGGGAUAGGCGCACGAUGAAGGGGAAGAAAGUGAGAGAAGCAUGGGAAGAGUUCCUGAGGUUGAACGUUUUAUUAUUGGACUUGAAGAAGUUCCAGAGUGCCAAUAUCAAAGCCGCAAGGAAGAUUUUGAAGAAGCACGAUAAACGUACAGCACUCACAGCAUCGACUGGUUUUCAGGCCUUCGUUCGGUCUACACUCACAGCGCAAAUAGAUGAAGACGGGAACAUUUCCACAUGGGUCUUUUAUAAUACGUCGCUUCCUCACGUCCUCCUGGCCAGCUUAACCAGUACUCUUUUACCGAUUCUUCCAAGUCUCGAUGACUACGCUUGUUUAAUUUGCACUUCAAUUGCAUUCAAACCAAUCAGACUUGCCUGCGGCCAUUUGUUUUGCGUUAGGUGCUUGGUGAAAAUGCAAAAAGCUGGGAAGGGGAAGUGUCCUUUGUGUCGAUCAGAUGUCAUUCUAUUGGCUGAUAAAACGUGUCUGGAUUUGACCGUCAUGAACUUCAUGAAAGAAUGGUUUCCGAAAGAAGUCAAAGCAAAGCAGAAGGAGAAUGAUGAAGAGAUUGUGAAAGAGCAGGCACGAGAAACAGGUAUGGACACGAGGUGUUGCAUCAUGUAGAGGAGUAGCCGCUAUUAGUUAUAUCUUCUCACUUUCGGGUUUUAUGAGUGUCAUGGCAUAUACCACAGAAUAAGAAUCAAAAACGAGAAUAUUCUGCAUUGAGACAAAAAGGAUAAGAGUAACAAAUCAAACGUGUCGGAUGUCGAAAUUGAUAUGUACCUGCUACUGUGCGGAUGUAGUAUUGCAAAUCGCAAAGGACCUUCUAAGCCGGCAGAGUCGAUGUCGGAUGACAGAGGGGUAAGACCCCACCAAAGGAAAAUCUGCCAGCAAUCCUUUCUGUGCCCCCUAACAUGACUUGACACCAAUGAGCUACGUACCAUUGUGAGGCUUUCAUCUAUCCGUAUCGGACAGUAUCUUAGAAAGAUGAUGCUGGUAAUCCAACUAUCGCCUUCACAACCCCUCAUCCCCAUAACCAACUCCAAUCCACUCCACAACAUCCGUCGUCAUCAAAAGAUGUUCGCCCUCCUCACAAUCUUCACUCUUUUGUCUUUCCUCAUCCCCUCUCUCGCCCUCCCGACAGUUCGCAACAACGUCCUUCUCAACUCUACCGCCGCACCUCCCAAGCGCGAACCGACUUCUGUCAUCGUUUCCAUCAAUAUCCCCAUCUACACUUCGAUGUUGUCCAACUUUUCCAAUCCGGAUGAUUCAGAACCAAGCGCCUUGGCUGGACCGGGUACGAUAGGAUUGCAAAUUUGGGAGGGUGAUGUAAUCGAACAUGAGUGGAAGAUCUCUGAGAAGGCGAUUAAUGAUGAUGGUGAUGCAAGUCUCGAUGUUUGGAGCCUACAAGCAAGUCUUUCCUGGAUUGAUGGUGGGCUGAGAAGGCUGAUCAUUAAUCAGUGCCACCUUAUUUUGACAAGCUCUGUGGCCUCAAACUCCCACUUUGUCUUCACCCUCAGUCCCAAGUCCCCAUUCAUCAGUGGUAGUAUGGCUAGCGAGAUUGUUUUCGAGUG